CAUGGCACCAGACGUGGCCUGGAUCCUUGUACUCCAUCUUGUCUUACGGCCGACUCUGGUGACGGGCAUCACCAUGCAGACAGCGAUCAAGAACUUCCGAAACUUACACGUUGACUACCCCAUGGUUAACUACCCGAAGGGUUUCCAUGGAUACUGUAAUGGCCUCAUGGCCUACGUGAGAGGCAAACUGCAGGACUGGUACUGCCCUAAGAUCCACUAUGUGGUCCAUGCCCCCAUGGAAGCCAUCCAAAAGUUCUGUAAAUACAGCGAGAGCUUCUGUGAAAACUACAACGAGUACUGCACCCUCACUCAGAACUCCUUCCCCAUCACAGUCUGCACCCUGGGCUAUCAACAGGCCCCAACCAGCUGUAGCUACAACAGCACGCUGACCAACCAAAGGCUAUACUUACUCUGCUCCCGCAAGCAUGACGCUGAGCCAAUAGGUAUCAUUGGCCUCUACUAGGGACUUAGUUCCCAAACCAGUCCCACCUACUACAGGCCUCUACAUGCUACACCGAGGCCCGUUCCCAAACUCUGAGUUUGUCUGCAAGUCUUCCUUCCUGACAUCUGAGACAGAGCCCAGCCUUCCUUCAGGCCCUUUUGCCUUCUCAUCACCCCCAUCAUGAGCCUUCCUCUCCCAGAGACAGUAAAACCCACCCAAGAAGCAGCCUGUGUCCAGCUGGCAUUGCUUGUAUAUCUGCUGGGCCAGAUCCUGACUCCUGGAGGGAGGCCCAGGCCCCAGCUCACACCAUGGCAACAGGCACCCAGCUCCAGUAUCUCCCCCUAGGCCUGUUUUUAGCGCCAGUCAGUCCUCCAC